AUGCAAAAAGAAAGAGCAUGGAACUUGAGGAAGAAACUCUAUGACAAACAAAGAAAAUUUGUAUGCAAAAACCGUCGUCAACGUCUCCGUGGCAUUCUGCACCUACUGCUGUCGGACAUCCAUCUUCUAGAAUACCUUUUCUGCUCCCGACUUUGUAACGACCAAUCCGUGUACAACUCGGCAGUCUACUGGACAAGACUUAGUGCGACUAUGCAGCAUUGUGAAAGGAAUGCUAUGUACUCUUGGAAGAGUUCGAAAAAAAAGAUCCUUUUUGUGGCUUGGAAGAUGCCUUGCAUAAUGACGAUCACGAAGCGAAACUACACUACUCAGACUGGUCUACUACAGCGAUUUUCUGCAUACCCAAUGGAUGACAUGUAUGAUCCUUACGUACCGCAGUACGUAAAUCGCUCGCGCUCUGGAACAUCUUCUCCCGUAUCGGAGGACGACUUAUUUGAAGAACAACCGAGCAGGCCUUAUGAGGAACUAGUGUCUCGCAAGCGCAGUGAAUUACCGGAAACAAACGGGACCUCUGCUUCGUCGUUGCACAUGGUCGUUCGCAAACCUCUCAAACAAGUAUGUAGAGAAGCAGCUGGGCACAAAGGCAUUUCGAGAGAGUUGGCGCUGCCGGUUACGGCUGAUGGACAAGAACUAUUGAAAAGUGUGUUAGAAGGCAAUUUACUUUCUCUUUCGAAAUUGGGGAAAGUUCUCCACCAUAUCCAGCAGGAUGCCGAGAAUAAGGAGUCGUUGAUUCACAAAAUGAACAACGCUUCCAUCAAUCUUGAACACAUCGCAAGACUCCAAGAAAAUGUGAACACCCUUCCGCAUUCGUCGGACUCGAUCGUGCGCAGCAUGACCAGCAUAGUGCGCGAACAGACAAACGUUAUUUGCGGAUUAUCGAUCGCUAUGGACGUUGCCUUGAGCAGAGUGCGCGAACUAGAAAAACAAGUGCAGAGAACAAGAUACCAUCUGGCGAAAAAUAAGUCGAAAUCAUUGCCGGAAAAUUGCGGAUUUUCGAGAAGUAACAUAACGAAAACUUGGAACAUUAAAGCACAGCCACCCUUCAAGGAGAUAAACAUGAUUUCGAUUUUUGAGUCUUGGAAACGUCCAGUGCGCUCGAACAAGCACGACCACUACCUGCAUCUACUGGAUUUCUACCGUCACUUUUUCCUCAAUGCAUGUGAUCCCAUCCACAUCAUUCAACAUUACGCAUAUCGACAAUCCGGCAAAAAUGGCAAGGACAAAAGCCUGAAAGACCUUCCAGAAUCAAUGGUCACUUUCCUCAUAGAUUUCGUCCUUGAUGCAAUGGGAUUGUUCGGCGAUGAACUCCUUUUACCACCCGCAGAUUGCGCUAGAAUUCACGGAAGGUACUGGGCUGCUCUGGGCGAGACGGAGUCUCAAAGAAGAAAAAGGUUCGAUGCGCUAUCCGAAGCGCGAACAGACUGGAGUACGCAUGCACGCGAAGCCCUUUGCAGAGCAUUAGCCGACAUUCGUCAAUAUGAAUUCGAUGCAGCACGUCUGACGCUCAUGCCGCCCAAGAAAAAAAGAGUAAUAACGACGCAAGAAGGCACAACGAUCGAGAAAACGGAACUCCGUGAGUCGCCUGAGGAAGAUUGAUCCCUUUUUUGUGUUUUCGCUCACAGAUGUAUGAUCUUCUUGUUGCGAGAGCUUUGAUGUUGAUUUUCUGUUCUUGAGAGUAGAUCUUUCUGUUUUUGCUCAGGAAUGUAUAAUUUUGCUGCUGCGAUUCUGUUGUUACGAGUUUCCUUAUCAUUUGUUAUGGU